UCAUACAAAACAGGAGAUAAAGGUCAAUAACAACCUUAUCUCCAUCCUACAAGCUAGCAACUUGAUCUCCAUGAAAAUAGGGUACGGUUGAAGACUCCAAGCAGCUAUAUAUAUCAUUUGAACUUGAAGAUGAAUACAACUUAUCCACCACUCAAUUUUAUCACUUAUAUCUACGCUUAAAAUGACGAAGAUGAUGGUGAGACUGAGAAGCGCUUCCAGUGCUUGCUUCAGCUCAGACGCUAUUUUUCACAAGGGCUCUCUUGGAUUUCUGAGACACGGCACUACUGCUCUUACUACUACUAGUUCUUCUUGUCGUGUUAUUACAUUGCUUCGUUUGCAUUCACUUUGUCAAUCCUCCACUUGCCCUAACCCUAAUCACAUACCCAAUCAUCACACGGAACUUCAACAAUUACUUAACGAGAAAUGUAAGCUUGGUUUUGAUAAGCUCGACGAUGCUCUUGUUGUGUUUGACAAAAUGCUCCGUAUGAAGCCUCUUCCUACUGUCAUCCACUUUACUCAACUCUUGGCCGCCCUUGUCAAGAUGAAACAUUACUCUGCGGCUGUCUCCGUCUUUUCAGAUAUGUGCUCUUUUAGCAUUUCUGUUAAUAUAAUUACUUAUAGUAUUGUAAUCAACUGUUGUUGCCAUUUGAAACGCGUUGAUUAUGGCUUUGCGCUGUUGGCUGCCAUCUUUAAGCGUGGUUUUGUCCCGGAUGUUGUGACCUACACAACUCUUGUUAGGGGACUCAUUUCCCAGGACAAGUUUCUCGAGGCUGAGCUUAUGUUCUCUUACCUUCUCCAGCACAAUCAGAUUCAGCCUGAUGCAGCUAUCUUUACAACCAUCAUUGACGGCCUCUGCAAAAUAGGCAACACUUCCCGAGCUAUGAGGUUGCUUAGAUACAUGGAGAAGAAAGGUUGUAUGCCGAGCCUAGUGACUUACACCACUAUUAUUGAUAGUUUGUCCAAAGACAGAUUAGUCGAUGAUGCUUUGGGUCUCCUUGCUGAAAUGAGUGACAAAGGCAUUCAACCAGAUGUUGUAACCUACAGCUCUUUAAUUCAUGGCAUGUGCAACCUCAAUCGGUGGGAUGAUAUAACACAAUUGUUAAAAGAUAUGGACAGACACAAAAUUUCUCCAAAUAAGCAUACCUACAGUAUAUUGGUUGAUGCACAUGCCAGAGAUGGAAAGGUCAAAGAUGCUGAACAUUUUAUAGAGUUGAUGAUUCAAAGAGGCCAACAUCCUGAUGUAGUCACCUACAGUGCACUUAUGGAUGGAUACUGCUUGAGAGGAGAAUUGGAUAAAGCGUUUGCAGUGCUCAGUACCAUGAUAAGUAAGGGGAUUUUUCCUGACACUCAGACCUAUACCAUAUUGAUCAAUGGUUAUUGUAAGAAGAUGAAAGUAGACACAGCGAUACAUCUCUUAGAAGAAAUGACCCUGAAAGGUUUAACACCUACAGUUGAAACGUACAAUACUAUUCUGGAUGGGUUAUUUCGUGCGCGUAGGCUUAAUGAAGCACAUAAGUUUUAUAAGAAUAUGUUAAAUCAAGGUGUUAAACUGAAUAUAGUGACAUGCAGGAUCUUGUUGCAUGGACUUUGCUGCAAUGGACUUGCUGGUGAAGCAAUGUCCGUGUUUCAUGACAUGGAGUCAUGUGGCUUACUUCCUGAUAUACACAUUUAUAAUAUUCUGAUUCAUGGAUUGUUCAAGGACGGCAAGGUUGACGAGGCAAGAAACCUUCUUCAUAAUGUUCGUUUGAAGGGUUUACACCCUGAUUUCAUAUCUUACAACAUUAUGAUCCAAGGAUUCUGUCAAGAGGGGUUGCUGGAAGAAGCAUAUAAAAUACUUUUGGAAAUGGAAGAAAACAAUUGCUUGCCUAAUGAAGUUACAUACAACACUCUUAUCCGUGGAUGCUUUAAGAAUAAGAAGUAUGAUGGAGCUUGUGUACUUGUAGAUGAGAUGUUUGCUCAUGGUUUCAAAGCAGAUGGCUCUACCACCUCCAUGCUAUUUGAUUUGCUGCAAUCGAAGGAGCAGGACCCCGCACUCCUUGCUAUGAAGAAGAAGUUCAUGCCUUGACUACAUCAAGGAAAGAGUUUUGUAAGCUACAAAGUACUUCUAAAUCGUUCUAACUUUGUAAUUGUUUGCUACGAAAUUUGAAGUCAAUAGAAAUUUGAAGUAAAGCUUUUGCCCUUAUCUUCAGUGCUGUUAUAUAGAAACCUUUUUAACCCUCAUGCUUAACACUUCACCUAAACAUAAAGUCUAACAUAUCCGUGCUUGUAUUAUCCUGAGACUCUGUGAGACCAUGUAUUAAUGCUACAAUCCAACAUUAUGAAAAUUGUUGUUACUCUGAAUAUUGUUGAAAUGUGGUAUGAAAAAUUGUGAUUCUGCAACAUAUAUUUCUCAUUCCUUCACUACCUGAUCCUAGUCCCAGUAUUCAAUCCCCAUAUAUUCCUUCUUCAUCUAUACCUCAUUUGAAGCUUCAGCAGUUACUUCAUUAGGAAUAUGAGGUUUGUUUUGAUAUUAACUAUUCUUAUGUGAUUGACUUCAAUCAACUGUUAUCCGCCAUCUUUAAGACAUAACAAUACACUGUUGCUGUUUCUUUUUAGUGAUACUUGUACUUUCUCCAUUCCAGUUGAUCUAU